GAGGAUAAAGACAAGAACGCUGCUUGGGUCAUGCCGAUUUUGGUCUAUGAAAAGUGGUGUUUUUGGUUGUUCCGCCAGGGAAUUGCGGUUGCCAAGUCUAAGCGGCUUCACACAUGGUUGACUUUCAGUGAUUUUCGCUACAAAUCCAAUUGCACUGUUUGGACCUGGUCAGAUAUCUCCGUUGUGCUUGAUUUGGCCUUGCAGCAACCCAUCGUUCGGUUGGGGAAGGCUCUCUUCCGGCAAGACCUCGGUGCACCGAUCGGGGGUCAUCUGUCAAAGGCGAUCGCGUCUGCUGUGCUUGCUUUUGCGGAGUUGAGGGCUUGUGCGUCCCUUGAUGCAUUGAAAUCUGCUGGUUAUGUUGCGCGCCAAGCUACGUCCAUUGGUGAGUCUGUGGCCUGUACCAGGUACGUCGACGACCUGGCCAUGGGUCUGCCGCAAAAGUUCCGCAUCAAGCCUUGGCUUGGUGAUCAGCAUACAGACUUCAGUGAAAUGCGUGGCAUUGCUGCAGGAAGCCGUGAGAGGUCCGGCGAAGGUUCGUUCCCUCACACGCCUCGCAGCACUUGGGGAUGGCAAAGCAAGGGCCACAGCAAAGGCUAUGGCAAGGGCUAUGGUAGCUAUGGCUUCAGCAAGGGCUACGGCAAGCGUGCUGGGCAAGAGCAGAGAUCAGGUCCUUAUUCCGGCGGUCACACGGGAAGCUUGGAGCAAGCAGUUAGCCGCUCUUUCCAAUCUGCACUCACUUCUAGAUUGGAAUGUGCCAUUUCAGAGGGCUUCUCCAUGGUUGUGAAUCGCUUGAGCAAGGAAGGCGGACGUGGUCAAGAGUCUCAGCACAGUUCGCCGCCGGCAAGAGCUGGUAGUGCUUUGACUCGUGCCGUUGUGAGCUUCUUCGGUGGCCCACAGGUUGAGCAGAACAUGAGCCCAGAGAAGGUACCGGAAGAGAGCAAACCCUCUUCCAAGUCCGGGGAUUCCGCAGAGGCUGCCCUCAAGGUGGCCUUGGACCAGCAAGCUCAGACCAUGCAGAUGAUGGCGGACCUUGUCAAAUCAUCGCUCGAGGCCGGGUGCAGCCCAGGUGCCUCACAGGUGACUGGGCAGGAGCAGGCCUUGAAGGAUGAUUGCGCUAAGGACGCCCAGAUUGCCCAGCUACAAAGCCAGGUGGAGAGUUUGCAGAAACAGGUGGAGAGUUUGCAGAAACAGCUUUCGCAGUCUACCACUACGCAGAAGGCCAAGGCGAAGGUGCAGUCCGUGCUGCCUUUCAAAGCCGUGACUGCUGACAAGAACUGA